AUGAGGUUAUCACCUUUGUUCCUGUUCUUGGGCUCGACCCUCCUUUCCGGGGUUCAAGCAGCAGAGGCAGACAAGGAUGAACGGGAGAACACCUACUUCAACUCCAUGAAAGUGCCGCCAAUACUCGAGUUGACCCCGGAUACCUUUGACAAGGAGGUUAAGGCCUCGCAGUUCAUGCUUAUCAAGCACUACAGCCCUUACUGCCCGCAUUGCAUAGACUAUGCGCCGAUAUACCAGACCCUCUACGAGUGGUACUACACUUCGAAGCCCGAGUCCAAGGAGGACAAGACCUUUACCGAGCUCUACGAUUUUCGCUUCGCCACGAUUAACUGCGUGGCCUACUUUGAUCUUUGCGCUUCCCACAACGUCGCGUCGUACCCUAGCACUAUCCUCUACAAGAAUGGCGAGCUGGCCGAGUUGAUCAAGGGUGUCAAGGACAUUGACCAGAUCAGCCCCAUCAUUGAGAAGUACCUCGAGGCGGCCAAGCCCGGAACCAGGCCCCGCAGCCUCGAGUAUCCCGAGCCUGGCGACAAGACCUCCCCCGAAAAGGCUCCAGGAAAGGCCGACGAUUCGAAGAAGCCUGUGGACGACAAGGCCGACGCCAAGACGGACGCCAAGACUGAUAGCAAGGCUCCCGCAAAGGCCGACGAGAAGACGCCGCCAAAGGAAGAGACCAAGGCUCCCCCGAAGGCUCCUCCCGCGAAGGAGGACGACAAGCCUGCAGGCAAGACCGAUGCGAAGGCUGAUACUAAGGGCGAUGCCAAGGGCGAUGCCAAGGGCGAUGCCAAGGGCGACACGAAGACUGAGACAAAGACUGACGCAAAGGCCGACGUCAAGGCAGAGGCAAAGCCUAGCACCACCUCGAAGGCUAUCGCCGUUCCUACCAAGGCCGUCGUUAAGAAACCUACAGUCACACCCAACAAGGAAGGUGCCUCUGUGCCUCUGAGUGCCGAAAGAUUCCAGACCUUGGUCACCAUGACCCAGGACCCUUGGUUUGUCAAGUUCUACGCGCCCUGGUGCCAUCACUGCCAGGCCAUGGCACCUAACUGGCAGCAACUGGCCAAGGAGAUGAAGGGUCGUCUGAAUAUCGGAGAGGUCAACUGCGACGUGGAGACCAGACUCUGCAAGGACGUCCGUCUCCGCGGCUACCCCACUAUUCUCUUCUUCAAGGGUGGCGAGCGUGUCGAGUACGAUGGUCUGAGAGGCCUCGGCGACUUUGUUCACUACGCCAACAAGGCCAUCGACAUUAGCGAGGGAGUACUGGAUGUAGACGCUGAGUCCUUGGCAGCUCUCGAGGAGAAGGAAGAGGUUAUCUUCAUCUACUUCUACGAUCACGCCACUACCUCUGAGGACUUCAUGGCUCUUGAGCGCAUCCCUCUCAGCCUGAUUGGCAAGGCAAAGCUCGUGAAGACCAAGGAUCCCGUUCUUUUCGCCCGUUACAAGAUCACGACCUGGCCUCGCUUGCUCGUUUCCAGAGAGGGCCGCCCUACAUACUAUCAGCCGCUGACACCCAAGGAGAUGCGUGAUAUCCACCAAGUCUUGAACUGGAUGAAAUCAGUAUGGCUUCCGAUUGUUCCUGAGAUGACCGCUUCCAAUGCCCGCGAGAUCAUGGACGGCAAGGUUGUCGUCCUCGGAAUCGUCAACAGGGAAGACCAGGAGGGCUUCCUUAGAGCCAAGCGCGAGUUGAAGAGUGCUGCCAACGAGUGGAUGGAUAAGCAGAUCCUUCUCUUCCAGCACGAAAGGCAAGAGCUUCGAGAUGCCAAGCAACUCAGAAUCGAUGAGGCCGAUGACCGCGGCGACGGGCGUGCGUUGCGUGCGGCCAAGGCCAUCCGCAUCAACAUGGACAAGUCGGACCGCAAGCAGGUUGGCUUUGCCUGGGUUGAUAGUGUCUUCUGGCAGAGAUGGAUUCGCACCACCUAUGGCAUUGAUACCAAGGACGGAGACCGUGUCAUUAUCAAUGACGAGGAUAACCGCCGCUACUGGGAUACCACUAUUACUGGCAACAACAUCCUUUUGUCCCGGACGUCGAUCUUGGAGACCAUUAACAAGGUCGUCUCUUCGCCGCCCAAGAUCAAGCCCAAGCUCACCAUCUCGAGCUUCGAGAAGAUCUUCUUCGACAUCCGUGUCACCUUUGUCGAGCACCCCUAUCUCACCAUGGGCUGCAUUCUCGGCCUGGCCUUUGGAGCCUUCUCAUGGUUCCGCAGCCGCACCCGCAAGGGCCGUGGCGGCCACUUCCGCCUAGAAGAAUCAUGGGGCAACAAGGAGCUGAUGAAGGAGGGUCUCCUGGGACCCAGCGGCAACGGCAAGGUGGACUAG